UUUCUGGGGACAGUAUUUGCUAACGGACUGACCGGUGCCAGCAGUUAUUGAACGUAUAUUCACGUUUAAAAUUACGUUAAUAUUACAGUAUGUAGCCUAGUGACACAAACCUCAUUAAUAUAACUUGUUACUGUAAUGACUUUUUACUUAUUUGUUUUAUAUUAACGAAAGCAUGGCGGCUCCAUUUGUCGUUCUCCCUUUAGAAUGACCUGUGUUUUGGAGACAAAUCACAUCUGAAUGAGCUAACUGUUGAUACACCGCAAAUGACCUAUGGAGUAUGAUUUCUGUCCUGUAGAAAAUGUUACUGACAGCUCGCAGCUUGUCCAAAGUACUGCAGCUCACCCUGGCGGUCAUCAAACCAGAUGCUGUAGCCCAUCCUGUGAUGUUAGAGGCUCUUCACAAGAGAAUCCUGGAUGACAACUUUGUGAUUGUUCGAUGCAAAGAUCUCGUGUGGAGGAGACAGGACUCUGAGAGGUUUUACGCCGAACAUUCAGGACGAUUCUUCUUCCAAAGACUUGUUGAAUUUAUGUCAAGUGGUCCAAUGAGGGCCUACAUUUUAGCCAGAGAGGAUGCCAUACGUCAUUGGAGAGAACUGAUGGGACCGACCAAAGUGUUCAGAGCCAGAUACACCUCACCUGCUUCAAUCAGGGCCCAGUUUGGACUCACAGACACACGCAAUACAACUCAUGGCUCAGAUUCUGUUGAGUCGGCACAAAGAGAAAUCCGUUACUUCUUCCCGGACUUCUGUGUGGAGGAGUGGAUGGAGAAGGAAGAGCCAUCGUUCCGAUCAAGACAAAUACAUUACGACCAUGAAAAACAGAUCCACACACUUUCGGCGCAAAGCUGACCCCAGAACUGCUGUUACAGUCACUGAGCCCCAAGAACAGCUUAGAAACUCCUCAUCAGUUGUUGAAUGCAAGCUGCCAGGGAAGAUGCUGCACUGCUACAUGCUGUGUAUGCUGCAUCCAGAAAGGUGCCUGUUUUGUCACCACAGUUGGUCAACGUGCCAACAAUCCCAUUAAAAUAGAUAUGCAGCUUUUCAUGAAGUAAUUUACUACGAGGACCUUUAAAUGUUUCUGUUCAAUUUAUUGUCAUUGGAAAACACAAACAAAUAGAUAAGAAAAUUGAACACUGUGUUGUACAAAACAGCACGAUGUAGUAAGACAGUCGUUUACAUUGUCAUCACAAACUCCUGUCCAGGCUCCACUGUAAUUAGUGCAAUCAUCACAUCAGUUCGCUGAGCCACACAGAUUGUAGCACAGCAGCAACUACGUGUUGUGUGUCAUGACAAAACUAGAAAAUAUUUCUAAUUUGUGAAUAUUCAGCGAUGUGAAAUAAUACUGCAGUAGCUUUUAGUUUCUGAAUCAGUUGUGCCAAGUAAUAAUUCUGCUUUCAUGAUUUGGCUCUCUGCUCUGGUAUACCGUGGCUUCAUUUAUUUUGGGUAUGAUACUGCACGUAUUGUAAAAUGUCAUGUUUUGUCUUGACCAACA